UAUUACUGACAGGUUUAUCGAUCAGUUACUAAUGUAUUCUGCAAGAAGAAGGAAUCAGGAACCCAGCACUUCUGCGAGGAAGAUAAUGAAUAUGAAAAGAGCUCAAUCAUGGAAGACUCAGCAAGUGUCUAAAAAACUGAAAUUUUCAGAAUUCAAAAACUUGGCUGCACAUGAAAUGAGACGAUUUGAUACCUUCCAGCAGUGGCUUCAAGACUCUACCUUUUAUUUUCACAACAUAGCAAUAACUGGAGAGAUAUCUAUUGUUGACGACAUAGUGAAGUGUCGUCCACUUAACUAUCCAUCAAAGUGCCAUAGAUGUCAGAUGAUGAAGCAAAGGAAUGAUUUACUUGGUGAUAUUGGUAAAAUUAGAUGGAAAGAGCUGAAGUAUUCAGAUAUGCCUGAUGAUGUGCCACUUGGAGUGCGGACUUUAGUUAUUAGCUUUAAGUCUAUGCUUACUCAUAACUCCGAUGAUGUGUCGUCUAAAGCUUUCACAAGGCAUUUGUUAGAGACUGUCAAGACAUACUGGAUGUGCCAAGCCCAUGCCACUAAUUGUGAUAUAAUCAUUCCAAAGAAGGUAGAAGAUAUAGGGGCAUUUGAAUUUGAUGUUGAAGUGGAGCAGAUUCUUAUGCCACCAACAUCAGAUACCAGCAGUAGUAGUGACAGAUCCCGGAGCCCUACUUGUAGGAAGAGUCCAAGGAUUCUCUCACCAGUGAUUUACAGUGAAGCUGAGAUUUCCAGUAACGAGAAUGAGGUUGAAGCAAGUGAAAGUGGUUUGGAAGAAAGGGAAAUUGUUGAUGUGUCCUUAAAAGCAGAUAGACCUAGUAUAAUUGACUCCGUCAGGCUUUCUGGCAUCCCUGAUGUUGUGAUGAUGAAUGUGAGAAAAUUAACGAUAGUGGUUGCAGAGGAUAAGUUUAUGAAGGAUAUCCCAUCGGUCUAUGUGCAUCAAAGUGAUGUAGGACAGUUACUGUUUUACAUGUUCAGUAUUGCUAUCAAAGGUGUAACUUUUUGCACAUACCA